AAUCCUAUAAUGUUUAUAUUACAAAGACUAUCAAAAUUUCCACAAAAUUUACAUUGUAUCAAAAAUGUUAUGCAAAGAUACCCAAAACGAAAUGAAAGUUUUUUGUCGUCACCUGGACCAUCUUCAAUGUUGAAAAAUGUUGUUAAAGCAAGUUUAGUAGGAAUAUCUAUUGGAUUUCCAGUUGGUGUAGCUAUCACAAUGAGUUAUUCUUGGUACAUAAAUAAGGAAGCUUCAAAAACAUAUCACCUUGAAGGAAAAGAAGAAAAAAUUGAAAUAAUUCAAAAGAAGCCACUAGUACCAAUUUCCAGAGAAGUUGUCUUUCCAGUGGAUACUACUGACUUAAAGUUAACUCUUUUUCAAUAUCAAACAUGUCCUUUUUGUUGUAAGGUGAGAGUUUUUUUGGAUUACUAUGGAAUAUCUUAUGAUGUUGUGGAAGUUGAUCCUGUACUACGGAAAGAAAUAUCCUGGUCAACUUAUAAGAAAGUACCAGUACUUUUAGCACAAGUAGAUUCUGGAUAUCAACCUUUAAAUGAUAGUUCAAUGAUCAUUUCUCUACUAGCAUCAUAUUUAAAAGAUAAAUCACAAAAAAUAGAUGAUUUAGUAGAAUGUUAUCCGCGUAUAGCAAUGCAUGAUGAAAACCAAAAGUUCAAAUAUGAAAUCAUGAAUAAAUAUUUCUUAAUGUAUAAAGGAAAUUUACCUUCAGAUAAAUAUAUGGAUGAAAUUAUAGAAGAACGCAAAUGGAGAAAAUGGGUUGAUGAUAUAUUUGUGCAUACACUUUCACCAAAUGUAUAUAGAACACUUGAUGAAGCUUAUAGAACCUUUAACUGGUUCUCUGAAGUUGGUAAAUGGGAAGAAUAUUUCCCAACAUGGGAAAGAUUAAUAAUGAUAAACAUAGGUGCUAUAGCUAUGUGGCUGAUAUCAAAACGAUUAAAAAGAAAACAUAAUUUGAAAGAUGAUGUUCGACAAUCUUUAUACGAUGAAAUCAACAAAUGGUUACAUGCUGUUAAAAAACAUGGUAAUACUUUUAUGGGAGGUGAAAAGCCUAAUUUAUCAGAUCUUGCUGUUUAUGGGAUUUUGAAAAGCAUAGAAGGAUGUAAUGCUUUUGAAGAUGCUUUGGAUAAUACAAAACUUAGUACAUGGUAUUAUGCAAUGGUAAAGGAAGUAGAAACACAUUCAGGAAACAAAUAUUUAAUAUAA